AUGGCUACUAAUUAUUCUAGUAAACAAUUCCGUAAUCAAAAUACUCCAUUGAUAUUGAUGGUUUUGAUAUGUUUGUUGGUUUUGUCAUCAGUUAUUCAAAGUACUAAUGCAAGACCAGUUAGCAAAAUAAAGUCAAUAUCAAAUGAACAAAUAAAAACUUUUACAACAUUUGCAAAUUACGCUAGUGCAGCUUAUUGCAGAGUUGAAGAUAUUGUUAAAUGGGAUUGUCCAACUUGUAAAACAGUGCCAGAAACUGUUGUUAUUAAAGUAAUUACCGCUCCCAAAACAGACACUCAAGUUUUUAUUGCUAAAGAUUCUACAUCAAAGCAACUCAUUGUCUCUUAUAGAGGAACCGUAAGGACAAGUUUUAGAAAUAUAUUGACAGAUGGAUCAUUAGUGUUGAGACCUUAUCCUCCAGCACCAAAUGCGAAAGUUCAUACAGGGUUCUUUAAAGCAUUUCUUGAAUCAAGAAAAGAUGUUAUUGAGGAAGUAACAAAUUUCAUGGAGACAAAUCCUGAUUUUAAAGUUGUUCUAACUGGUCAUAGUUUAGGCGGUGCCAUUGCAACACUUACGGCCUUAGAUUUGGUACAAAAUAAUAAAAAAUUAGUUUCUGAAGAAAAUUUAUUUAUUUUCACAUAUGGUUUACCUCGUAUUGGAAAUCAAGAAUUUGCUAAUUUUGUUGAUAGUCAACUUAAACUCAAUCGUAUAGUAAAUUUUGAAGAUGCAGUACCAAGAUUACCACCAAAAUUCCUCGACUAUAAACACAGUGGUAGUGAAUUUUGGAUAUCAGAUCCUGCUAAAGCGCCAACUGAUGCUAUAAUAGAAUGUCAAGGUCAAGAAGAUAAUAAAUGCUCUUUGUCAGUUAAACCAUUAAAACUUAAUAUUAGAGAUCAUGAGGGACCAUAUAUUGGUGUGAGCAUGGAAGAUUGUCCAGAUUUUAGUAAAAGUAAUUCUGAUGAGAUUCUUAAAUUAUUAGAGAAGGCGUAG